GCGAAGUCAUGUGAUCUGAAGUUCAGUCACAACAAAGAUGGCGGCUGUGCUGAGGAGUGGGUUCUGGGCUCUGGUUGUACUGGUUUCCACUUCGAGUCAAAGUUCGUUUGAGCGACAGUUGUCAGUAAAGUUGAACCCUGGGUUGACUUCGCCGCCUCCUGGUGGCGACCUGCUGCACGUGAGAGCCUUCGGAGACAACGAUACCCUUCACUACCUGUUCUGCAGCCAGGGGGCGCCCACGCUGCUGCUCAUCCACACCAACUCUUCUUCUUCUACUGUCCAGGUGGACUGGCCUCUGUUUCUGGCUCGUAACACCAGCGGCAGCCUGAGGGUGGAGCCGGAGAGCAGCAUCCUGUACAGCACCGCCGUCGUCUUCAGCCGGUUGCUGGAGUACGAUGACGUUAACGACACGGCCGAUCCGACCUCUGACCUGUUCCCCCCGUACGAGCUGCAGAACUUCACCUGGUCUGGUCUCAACCUGACGGGUGACUCCGCCCGGCUCUGCGGCGCCGUCAGCAGCUCCUCCAGUGGCGUGCUCUGCCUGCAGUUGACAGUUUUUAAGACAGAUGGGCGUGGUCAGACCUGGCCCCGCCUCUUACACACAGCUAACUCCUCCCAGCUGGAGGUGUGGAUCGAUGGCUUGUUGCCACGAGCACCUCGUUCCAGGUUCCUAUUGGAGCUGCAGGCAGUGGGCGGGGCUUAUCCUCUGAGCAGGGUGGAGGUUCAUCGAUCGAUCGAUGACGAGUACACGCCGUCAAUCUUCAAGGCGUCUCAUUGGGUUUCGGCGGCGAACGGCAGCUCUGAUGUCCGGAGCUUCGUGCAGUGGAAGCCGGUGGCGUACCGGCGGUCUGAUCCCGCCCUGGAGGAGGCCACGCCCUGCAGUCACUCCGAGCCCCGGCCGCAGAGCGGAGAGACCACCGCGGCAGCGUCGGGACUCGUCCAAGCGUUCGACUCCGACCUGGACACGUUCGGGCUCAACGUGAGCUUCGGCCUCGCCGGGGAACCGUUCUACAACAGCACCAAGUUCCUCAGCUGGACGGUGUUGGUGGGCGUCGGCCCUCCUCCUGUCGACUCGUUCUCGCCGCUGGUUGUGGCCAUCAUGGCGGUGGGACUGGGAACACCGGUGGUGCUCUUGUUGCUGGGCGGACUCUGGGUCUGCCUGAGUAAGAAGGCAGCGGAUUCAACGACCGCUUAUGAGCCAAUCAACUGAGGACUGGUACGCAGCCAAUGUGAUGACAUCACUCUACUGAAGACCCAACUGAGUCCAGACAGCCAAUCAGAACCCUGAUUUUUUUAUCAAUUAUUUAUUGAUUUUUUUUUAUUAAAGAUAUUAAUCAACAGAUUGAAACAGAUUAUUCAGUUUAGUGAGAAACUGAAAAUCUUGUACUUUGAUUAUUUAAGAUUUUAAAUCUUUGAUUAAAAAAAAGUUUGUUUUUAAAAACCUC